AUGCAACAACAAGACCCAAACAGCAAACCAUUUGUCGAGCCAACCACUGCUUCCUAUCAACAUGUUGAAAAAGUCUAUAAUCCGAAUUUUCAUCAACCAAUUGUAAACUAUUCUCAACAACAAUAUCCUAAUCAACAACCGAAUGUAAACUAUUCUCCACAAACAAUUCCAAAUGUUCAACAACAAAUCUAUCAACCACCUGUCAUGAUUCAACAACAGCAACAACCUUUACCGACAAUGCCACCAGUUGCUGCAAAUAAUGUGAUGAUGAAUGGUAAGCAAAAGUUGACAACCACAACUUUCCAAAAUCUCAUCAGUCAAAAGUCAUCCUCUCUACAUGAAUUAAUCUUGCAAAAUCAAGACAGCAUGCUCACUUACUUGUUUUGUGCAACUCUUGGUUGUUUCAGAGUUUGCAGUUUGAAAAACCAAAUUUCACACAUUACAAUGCUUCCAUCUGAAGAUUUGUCAACCAAUGGUAAUGGAACAAAUUUGACAUCCAAUCAAAAAGCUGCAAUUGCUGUAGCUGCCACUUCCAGAUCUAGAGGUGGUUGCUGUGGAGGUUGUUGUGGUGGCUGCUGUUCCUGUACAGAUUGUUGUUCAGGUAGCGGUUGGAAUUGUGAUGGAGAGGGAGUUCUCAUAUUGAUGGUCAUAUUGUGCAUUAUUUUGGUGUUGAGUUUGGCUAUUUUGGCAGGUAUUUACAUUGUAACAGCUCCAAUUGCUCUAUUUUUGAUUGUUUAUUAUGAAAAGAUUACAAUUAUUGAAUUUGAUGAUGAAAAGAGAGAAGUAAGAAUGACAAGUAGAGCUAGAUAUUUGAGAGAACAUUUCAUUUUCUCAACCUAUUCAAUUCCAUACGAUCAAAUUCAUGAUAUUAGAGCUCACAAGAUUUCUGAUGGAAAGAAACCAGAUUUUUGCCUUUCUUUGAUUAGUAAGGAUGGAAAGAAGGUGAAUAUUUCAAAGCCACUCGAGUUGACUCCAGAUGAUGUGAUGAGUGGAGCUACUUAUAUGAGGGAAUUUUUCAGAAAUAGAGGAGUAAUACUUGUAGAUCAAUUCAUGCCACAAUUUUCCACAUCUACCAUUCCAAUGACUCAUCAAAUGGUUUAA